AUGGAGGGGAUGUUUCAGCCCGGGGAUAUACUUCUAGGAGUUGUUUUACCUCUUCAUCUGGACAAAGAAUAUCACCCAGUGUCCUUCAGUGAGAGACCUCCGCGUAUCAACUGUACAACAUUUCACUUGGAGAAUUUCCAGCAGCUCCAGGCCAUGAUGUUUGCCGUGAAGGAGAUCAACACAAACCCCAAUAUUCUCCCUAAUAUCAGCCUGGGGUUUCAAGCCUAUGAUUCCUGCGAUGUCUUGCAGCAGGACUUGGAAGGGACAUUACAGGUGCUGUCAGGACGUAAUGGAGCCAUACCCAACUACAGGUGUAUUGAAAAUAUGCCCCUCUCUGGUGUUAUUGGGGCUUCUAUUUCCACUCACUCAAUUCUACUGGCUCACAUUCUGGGGCUGUAUCGAUACCCCCAGGUCAGCCAUUAUUCUACCAGCCCUAUCCUCAGCAACCAAAAAAUGUUCCCCUCGUUCUUUAGGACUGUUCCCAGCGAUGCCUUUCAGUCACAAGGCCUUGCAAAAUUAGUUCUUCAUUUUGGAUGGACCUGGGUGGGACUAUUGGCUGUAGACAAUGAUUAUGGUCAGCAAGGAAUUCAGCUGGUAAAGCAAGAAAUAAUCAAGGCUGGAGCUUGUGUGGCCUUCACAGAGUCCAUCCUUACAAGUCAACCUGAUCGGAAUGCUCGGAACAUUGUUAAAGUUAUGAAAGAGUCGACGGCCACAGCUAUAGUUGUCUUCUCCCCUGCUAUUGAUUUAGUUCAUGUUUUAGCCGAGAUGCUGGCUCAAAAUGUUACAGAGAAAAUUCUGGUGGCCAGUGAAGCAUGGUCAACUUCUACUCUAUUCUCUGAUGGAAAGUUCUCAGAGAUUCUUUCUGGCACCAUCGGCUUAGCUCUUCACAGUGGGAAGAUCCCAGGGUUUAGAGAGUUCCUCAACAAAGUCCAUCCCUCCACAUCUCUAGGAAAAUAUUGGGUCAAGCUACUUUGGGAAGAAUCUUUCCAAUGCAAAUUCCUGGGUGAGAAGAACCCCACGGCUACAUCGGAAGAUUUAAGAAGAGAGUGCACAGGUGAAGAGACUCUUGCAAGCAUUGAGAAUAACUACAAUGAUGUUUCCAGUUUGAGAGCCACCUACAAUGUGUACACUGCCGUGCAUGUUAUGGCCAAGGCUUUGGAAGAUUUGACAAACUGCAAUAAAGGAAGAAGUAGAUUAUCAAAUCAGACGUGCCCAGAUAUUUUGAAUUUUAAGCCAUGGCAGCUGUUACAUUACGUGAAAAAGGUCCGAGUUACGCUGAGCAGCGGUAGGGAACUGUUUUUCGAUAAAAAUGGGGACCCACCGGCUGUGUAUGACAUUGUCAAUUGGAAGGGGACCCCAAAUGGCACAAUUAAACAAGUCAACGUGGGAAGUUACGAUACCGCAGCUUCUUUUGGUCAAGUCUUCACUCUUAACAAAAGCGCCAUCUCCUGGCCUGCUGGAAAGCUACAGGUCCCCCUGUCAGUCUGCAGCCAGAGUUGCCCCCUGGGUUUCAGGAAAACUUCUGAAAGAGGAAAGCCGGCCUGUUGCUUCCAGUGUAUCCCAUGUCCCCAAGGGGAGAUCUCCAAUAUUACAGACUCUAUUGAUUGCUUCAAGUGCUUGUGGGAUGAAUGGCCAAACGGACACAAGACUAGAUGCAUGCAGAAGAACAUAGAAUUCCUCUCCUAUGAAGAUCCCUUGGGGGCAGGUCUGGCAGCUACGGGCAUCACAUCAUCUUUGGUUCCUGUCGUUAUACUGAAACUUUUUAUGAAAUAUAAAACAACCCCUAUAGUGAAAGCCAACAAUUAUUCUUUAAGUUGUAUUCUUCUGUCAUGUCUGCCCCUCUGCUUUCUCUGCUCUUUGGCCUUCAUUGGUUACCCUCAGCAGGAGAAGUGUCUUCUUCGCCAGGCUGCCUUUGGCUUGGUGUUUGCCCUCUGUGUAUCUUGUAUACUGGCCAAAACCGUAAUGGUUGUUUUUGCCUUCAUGGCCACCAAACCAGGCAGCAGACUAAGGAAAUGGACCAGUCCUAUUGUAUCUUACAUGAUCAUUGCUAUUUGUUUUGCCUUGCAAUGUAUCUUAUGUAUAUCAUGGCUGCUACAGGCACCUCCAUUCCCACAGUAUGACAUUCAAACCAAACCUGGAGUCAUUAUCAUUGAAUGUAACAAUGGCUCUGCUACAGCCUUCUGGUGUAUGUUGGGAUAUCUUGGCUUCCUGGCUGCCAUAAGUUUUUCUGUUGCUUUCCUGGCCAGGAGGCUUCCUGACAACUUUAAUGAGGCCAAAUUCAUCACCUUUAGCAUGUUGGCCUUCCUCAGUGUCUGGGUAUCCUUCAUCCCAGCAUCUCUCAGUGCCCAAGGCAAAUAUACAGAGGCAAUGGAGAUCUUUGCCAUUCUGUCUUCUAGCUGGGCCUUGGUGGUCUGCAUGUUCUUUCCAAAAUGCUAUAUCAUAAAAUUCAAGCCCAAUAUGAAUUCCAAAAAACAACUCAUGAAGAAGGCUGGCAGCCAAAUAUAG